GCAAGAUCAGGCUGCCUGGCUGAAGGCAAUGACGAAAUGCACCAGCAAACGAUGCACUAGGCACUUUGGCAUCAUCUGCACCCAUCACCAGUGGCUGACCCAGCUCAGCUGUCUGAGCGUGGAGUUCUCUCCCGAUGUUAUCGCGAGCUAUUUCAGGUACUGUAGUCGAUCCACUCUCGCCAAAGCGCAAUUGUACCAGUGGGUCCGGAGAAUCACCGGUCGGAGGUGGCUGAUCAAUGUCGGCGAUGGGAACGGGCUGGAACAUCUCACUCCGGCCUCUUUGGCGAAAGGAUAUGCAGCUGUUGAUGUGAUGAACAAGGCAUCGACAUGUCUGACGGAAUCGAGCUCUGCUCUCUCAUCAGAACCAUUUCAGCAUAUUAUGGCCUGCUGUGGCUUCACGGGUACAACACAGCAUACGGGAAAUGCGGCCCGUCCCUGGGAGUAUGAUGAACUCCGACAUUCCAUGAUUGCUCUCGAUUCUAAAACUGCUGGCUACGAUAUUGUCGGACAAAGGAUCAGCGAUGGUGACUAUUUCGAUAAAGAAUGCUUCUGCAGUACCUUCACCAUAGAUCUCGAAAGCGAACCUUGUCUGGAAUCGGAUUUGCUGGAGCUCACGAAAGAGCGUCUCUGGAUUCGAGCCACAUGUGGCCCAACAUCCUUGCCUCCUGACUGGACAGACGGGCUCAAAACCACACAAUCCGCCUACAUUCCCAUCGAAGAUUGGCACUGGCCCUCGUGUGUCGUGGACAUGCCGCCGGAAGUGAUCGAGCUGCCUAAUAUAUGCGCAGCAGAUGCUUGUGAACCCGACUUGAGUGGCUAUUGUGAUGUCAAGCGUGCAGUGGACCGGGCUUGCUUUUGCCGCAAUAUCAAGUACGAGUCCUGCGGGGGAUCCUGCCGCGUAUUCGAGUCCCGCAUAGACUACGUGGGCUGGUUGUAUGAUCUUUGUGGCCAAGUGCAGGAUUGGCACGGCUUGCCGAAUGACUGGAGUAGGACAUUAGCUGUCCCUACCCCGGUUGAAAUGAUUCCGUGGCCAUGGACGAUCAAGCCGUCAAACAAUUCAGAUAUCAGUUAUCUCACCCGGGUGCGACGUACUUCUGGGGAGAGAACAUGUGUCUCCAAUGAGUGGAAGCUGAGAAGCUUCUACACACUCAAUAUAGCGAUUGCUCUCGCAGCAUUUCUUAUCCAGCGGGGUUUACCUCGAUUUACGGGCGAUUGUCGACAGCAAUGGUACUCGUACUUGUGCUACUCGCACACUUGGCUUGUCAAGGGGAUGCUAAUAGCUGGGUCGCAACUGCUUGCAAAUUGGUACAAUGUGCUGCUUGUUGAGAUGACUCCUGGAUAUGAAAACGUCCCUACUAUUCACUUAUUGCUUCUCUGGUGCUCGAUCCCUCGUCCUGCCUGGAUGGUAGUUUUGCUGCUCGGCCUACAAGAGCCGUUCGGAACGACAAGAUUAUCCGCCGCAGCGUCCGUCGUACUUGCCGAGAUCAUUAUGCAGUUUAUAUCCUCGUAUUACAUGCUUAUGACCAUCAAGUACGGCCUAUACCACGAUUUCUAUCUUGGACGUCUACACGAGAUACGCAGAGGGACUUUAGCAGAGACCAUGUACACUGGAGCGCUUAUGUGGGGGGUAGUUGUCGGUCUGACGGUUUUUCAAGUUAUGCGGGCUAUGCACAAUCGGGGAAUGGUAAUCGCCGCCCUUGACACCCUAAUCUUCGAUCGGCCUAGUAUUUGGCAGACAAGAGCUAAGCAGACGCAGACAACACCUAGCCUCGCUGAGCGCCUGAGAAUGACAAUAUCACCUUGCAUCUGUGCGCAGAUAGAGGGCUCGACUCAGGGCUUGGAGGAACGAUUGCUGGGAGACCAUAUGGGGAGAGAUGAUUCCGGCGGAAGAUACGGCACAUUCUCUGUUCAAGGAGAGCAGCAGGCCCGGACGUCUCCACGAACGAAGAUGUAUGCCGCUAUAGUCAUAAUUAUGCUCCUGCUGUGGAUUGCGCAGUGGCUGUUCUGGGGUGGAUAUAUUGGUCUCAGCUCCGAAGAGUAAGUGUUGAUCUCAUCCUCACUGCGCCUCCGGCCUCUGAAUCCUUGUACCCUGCCGUACUCGAGGACAAAGUCUACAUAUGCUAACCUGGCGUAGGGUUUGUCCUCCUAGGCUGAGGGCUC